UCAACUUGCUUUCUUCCAAACCAAAAGAACCUCUACCGAAUGUAGAACCAGAUCCAGGCUUUGGCUUUGCUAUUGCUGCCACAAUGGCACUGGUGCUCCUUAAACUGUCUGCCAGUGCCACUCUAGGCCUCACUCCUUUCCCAUCAUCACCCCCAAAACCACCAAAAUCCCAUCAUAGAGUUUCCCUUCUCAGAUACAACACACCUACUUCUACCUCGAGGUUUCAAUUUCAACCGCCAAAGCUCGCAUCUUUACCCAAAAUAAGAGCUCUCAAUGGUAAUGGAAAGUCUGAGCCUUUGCAUGUGCCUCCAGAAAAUGAAAGACCCAGAUGGGAAAACCUGCUCAACACUGCAGCAAGCCUGUACCCGCUCUAUGUGACUGUCGGAGGGAUUGUUGCUUGCCUCAAGCCCUCCGCUUUUGCAUGGUUUGUGAAGGCGGCCCCUACUUCUUACAGUUUAUCACUUGGUCUAAUCAUGUUGGCAAUGGGUCUCACUUUGAAGUUCAAGGACUUUAUCGCUCUGUUCUCCCAGAGGCCUUUCGCGAUAUUAUUUGGAUGUGCCGCUCAGUACACGAUAAUGCCAGCUUCUGGAGCCAUCAUUAGCAAAAUCCUGGGUCUCUCGCCAUCUCUUUCAGUAGGUUUAAUUUUGCUUAGUUGUUGCCCUGGAGGUACCGCCUCCAACGUGGUGACUUUAAUUGCUCGAGGGGAUGUUCCGUUGUCUAUUGUGAUGACAGUAUGCACCACUCUUGGGGCCGUGCUUCUGACUCCUUUUCUGACAAAGAUAUUGGCUGGAACUUAUGUUCCUGUUGAUGCUGCUGGUCUUUCCAUCAGCACCCUGCAGGUGGUUGUUGCACCAAUUCUGUUGGGUUCUUAUUUAGAGAAUGCAUUUCCUGCUGCAGUGAAGUCUGUGAUACCUUUUGCACCCCUGCUUGCUGUUUUAGCUUCCUCACUGCUUGCAUGCAGUGUAUUCUCAGAGAAUGUCGUUCGUCUACAAGCCUCGAUGGUUAGUACAUCAUUGACAUCUGAUCUAUCUCUAAUGCAAAGUGCUCAAACAAUAUUAACUGGAGAACUGGGUGCUGUUAUACUAUCUGUGUUGUUAUUGCAUUUUGCUGGUUUCUUUGUGGGGUAUCUAUCAGCAGCUGUUGUUGGGUUUGGAGAAGCACAACGACGAGCUAUUUCAAUUGAGGUGGGUAUGCAAAAUUCUUCUUUAGGUGUGGUUCUGGCAACUUCCCAUUUCGCUUCAACUAUGGUUGCAUUACCUCCAGCAAUGUCCGCUGUGAUUAUGAAUAUCAUGGGUAGUAGUUUGGGUUUCUUUUGGAGAUAUGUUGAUCCUACUGACUCUAAAGUUGACAGUCCUAAAAUUGAAGAUUGAUAGUCAAUCCCCCUGUGAACUUUCAGAUAAUGAAGAUUAUCUUCAUUUCUUUUGGGAAAUUAAUAAAAUUUAUUUAUUCGAUCA